AUGCUGACCCCAAUGGUGGCUGGGGGGGUGGUGUUCCCCGGACUCUUCCUCCUCUCAAAGAACACGCUCCAACGGCUGCCCCAGCUGCGCUGGGAGGAGGCUGAUGCGGUCAUUGUCUCAGCCAGGCUAGUAUCCUCAGUCCAAGCGAUCAUGGCCUCUACAGCUGGCUACAUCGUCUCCACCUCCUGCAAGCACAUCAUUGACGACCAACACUGGCUGUCCUCUGCCUAUACACAGUUUGCUGUGCCCUACUUCAUCUAUGACAUUUAUGCCAUGUUCCUCUGCCACUGGCACAAGCACCAGGUCAAGGGGCAUGGUGGGGACGAUGAGGGGGUCCGCCCCCGCCCUCCUGGCAGCACCUGGGCCGUGGCGCGCGGCUACCUGCAUAAGGAGUUCCUCAUGGUGCUCCACCACGCGGUCAUGGUGUUGGUGUGCUUCCCACUCUCGGUGGUGUGGCGUCAGGGCAAGGGGGAUUUCUUUCUAGGCUGCUUGCUGAUGGCAGAGGUCAGCACCCCCUUCGUCUGCCUUGGCAAGAUCCUCAUCCAGUACAAGCAGCAGCACACUCUGCUGCACAAGGUGAAUGGGGCCCUGAUGCUGCUCAGCUUCCUGUGUUGCCGUGUGCUGCUCUUCCCCUACCUGUACUGGGUCUACGGGCGCCAUGCCGGCCUGCCUCUCCUUUCCGUGCCCCUCGCCCUCCCAGCCCACGUCAACCUGGGUGCCGCGCUGCUGCUUGCCCCCCAGCUCUACUGGUUCUUCCUCAUCUGCCGCGGGGCCUGCCGCCUCUUCCGGCCCCGGGGCUCCAGGCCGCCCUCCCCCUGUCAGACCCAAGACUGA